CCAACCAGAAUUCUUGCUCCAUGAACAAUGAACAAGUAAAGGAUAAAAUAAUAUCCACCUCACAUUUCAACUCAAUCCUAAUUCUCAAAUAUCCCAAUUCUGUAACUCCAACAACACACUGCAAAACAGAGCUGAUUUUUCCUCCUUGGAUUUCUUUCUCAGGUUCGAUCAUAAUGGCGGCCAUUAAAACCGAGUCACUCAACUCGAGAAGAUCCCAGUUGGAAGCGUUCGAGAAUACAAAAUCCGGCGUGAAGGGGCUGUUGGACGCCGGAAUAACCAAAAUCCCUUCUAUAUUUCACUGCCACGUCAAACCACAUACCAAAACCGCCGCCACAGAGUCAGAGUCGAGUAUUCCGAUAAUCGACCUCCACGGCAGCGUCGAAGAGGUGGUGGAUGAAAUCAGAAACGCUUGCCGGAAAUGGGGGUUUUUCCAGGUGGUGAAUCAUGGGAUUCCGGUGGAAGUUCUGGAGCAAGUAAUCAAUGGGGUUCGUGGGUUUCAUGAACAAGAUCCAGAGUUGAAGAAACAAUUUUACAGCCGGGAUCGUACCAAAAAAGUGAGCUAUUUUUCGAAUUUCGAUCUGUUCCAAUCGAAAGCGGCUAAUUGGAGAGACACCCUUUCUUUUUCCAUGGCUCCCAGCCUUCCCCUUCCCGAGGAGAUCCCUCAAAUUUGCAGAGAAAUAGUGAUGGAAUACACAGAGCAAGUGAAGAAACUGGGAUUAACUCUGUUUGAGCUGAUAUCAAAGGCUCUUGAACUUGGAGAUACCCAUUUGAAGGACAUGGGCUGCGCAGAGGGGCUCCUAAUGUUAGGCCAUUACUACCCAGCCUGCCCCGAGCCUGACCUGACCCUUGGCACCACCAACCACACCGAUGUGGCCUUCAUUACCAUACUUUUACAGGACCAAAUCGGUGGCCUCCAAGUCUUCCAUGACAAUCAAUGGUUCGAUGUCCCCCCAUUGCAUGGAGCCCUUGUAAUCAACGCUGGAGAUUUCCUUCAGCAGAUCAUUUCGAACGAUAAAAUGGUGAGUGUGAGUCACCGGGUGGUAGCAAAGGAGAUAGGGCCAAGAACUUCAAUAGCAAGCCAGUUUCGACCAUACAUGGGGAAGGAUGUGAAGAACUCAAAAUUGUAUGAACCGAUUAAAGAGCUAUUAUCUGAAGACAACCCUCCAAUAUACAGACAGGUCAAUCCUAAAGAAUUUAUAGAGCUACACUUUUCAAAUGGGCUUGACGAGUGUUCUAAAUUAGACUUGUUUAAGUUGUAAAAUGUUUUCGGUGAAAUCAACUUUCAUUUGUGUGUUUAAUGAGUUAGAGACUUCAUAUUUUAAAAUAUUUACGGGCAUAUUGAAUUAUUAGG